AUGAAUAAGCGUGAGGGUAACAAGGACAAGGAACGUCAGAGCGACGAUAAAAGAACUUCCACCGCGACUGGCGCGGUGGGUGGGCGUGGCGUGAGCGGAACCAGCGCGAUGCACACGUCGCGGCACUCCGUCACGUCGUCUUCGGGCGUCCUUAUGGUGGGGCCCAACUUCCGCGUUGGCAAAAAAAUUGGCUGCGGAAACUUUGGUGAACUAAGGCUCGGAAAAAAUCUCUACAACAAUGAACACGUAGCAAUAAAGAUGGAGCCUAUGAAGUCCAAGGCUCCACAAUUACAUCUAGAAUACCGAUUUUACAAACUAUUAGGAACGCACGCCCCCUCGACAGCGGAAGGUAUUCCUGAGGUGUACUACUUCGGGCCGUGUGGUAAAUACAAUGCCUUGGUCAUGGAAUUACUCGGUCCGUCGCUAGAGGAUCUCUUCGAUUUGUGCGGCCGUCGGUUCUCUUUAAAGACUGUGUUGAUGAUCGCUAUGCAGCUGUUACAUCGCAUCGAAUAUGUCCAUACGAGACAUCUAAUAUAUCGGGACGUGAAACCCGAGAAUUUUUUAAUAGGUAGAGCUACGAGUAAAAGAGAAAAAAUCAUACACAUCAUUGAUUUCGGUUUGGCCAAAGAAUAUAUAGACUUAGAGACAAACAAACAUAUCCCAUACCGGGAGCACAAGUCACUCACAGGAACCGCGAGAUACAUGUCAAUAAAUACACAUUUAGGAAAAGAACAAUCUAGACGCGACGACCUGGAAGCUCUGGGGCAUAUGUUUAUGUAUUUUUUACGUGGUUCCUUACCCUGGCAGGGUUUAAAAGCUGAUACACUCAAAGAAAGAUACCAAAAAAUCGGUGAUACCAAACGAGCUACUCCUAUUGAGGUACUAUGCGAAGGCCACCCAGAGGAGUUAGCAACGUAUCUGCGCUACGUCCGGCGACUGGACUUCUUCGAAACGCCGGACUACGACCAACUGAGGCGCAUGUUCCGAGAUCUGUUCGAAAGGCGCGGUUAUGUUGACGACGGGGAGUUCGAUUGGACUGGCAAGACUAUGCCCGCGAACAUGCACGUGAUGCGUAUAUUGCGUAACGCCCCACCGUCCAAUAUCGUUAGAAAUAAAUCCGAUAAGUCUACUCCAGUGGGUUCGAUCCAGACCGGUCACGAGAUUGUAGUAUCACCAAAUCGUGACAGACAUCAAGCCUUCCAUAAGGAUGAUUUGUGUGAUUAUAUGAUUGGUUUGGUUGAGGACGAUGAGGCGGCGCUUAUAUCCGGAGAGGGCGCAGUAAAAGACACAGGAACAGGGGGUACAGCUAAUACCGGUGGUAACUGGCCUCAUAGUGGCAAAGCGACGCCGCUGGCCACCGGCCAUCUCACACCUGCGGAUAGACACGGAUCUGUACAGGUGGUAAGUUCGACGAACGGCGAGCUAGGCGCGGACGACCCCACGGCGGGGCACAGCAACACGCCCAUCACGCAGCACCACGAGGUGGACGUGGUCGACGACACCAAGUCAGUGUUUCAACUAUGUUGCUGUUUCUUCAAACGCAAAAAGAAGAAGUGUGCGACGCGCGCGUACAAG